AAAUGCAGUUUCAACUCUAGGAAUACAAGGCUCUUUGUGAGGAGCCUGGAAUCACUGCCAUGUUCAAAGCCUUCAGGAAGAGGAAGAACAAGAGUUCCAAGGAAGAAUUAAAGAAGUUUGGAGAAGUUUUGAUGCCAUACGUACCCACAAAUGGGCCCGGAUUCCACCCCUAUUCCACACCUUAUGUGCACGUUUUCAAAAGUUUAGAAGGAUGGAACAUGCGAAUUAUUGGACAUUGAUACUUUUCUCUAACUUGUGGGACCUUGAACUGUCGACAGGAAAUUUAGCAGGAUCCUCAAAUGUUUCCUCCAAUUGUGAGGUAGAAUUGCAGUCCAGCACUACAUGUAUUACGCCAUUGACUGUGAGUGCCAUGAAUUCUACUGCAACUAGUGGAGGAGCUACUGCUGCUGGUAUCCCACCACCCAGUCCUCACCAACAUAAUCCACGGCUAUGAUAAGUCAGCAUAAACAUAAAACCUGCAUCAUCCAUGUGACAUGCCCUGAAAGAAACUAGGUAGAAGUGGGAUCAAGGUAAAGUUAAAACUUUUCAUUGUGUGGUGAGGAUUGGGUGGUGGGACCACCAGAGGAUCCAGCAACAGCAGUAGUUCCUCCUUGCAUGUCAAGACGGUCAUGAUGAGGCUCUGUAGGAGAGACAAGAUCAUAUAAUACCAAGUUACUAAAAGAAAUUAAGACACAGCAAACUCAAUACUAAAAUAACUCACUACCUCCACCAGUUGUAGUAGAAUUCAUGGCACCCGCAGUCAAUGGCGUAGUACAUAUAGUGCUGGACUGCAAUUCUACCGUAUCAUGCACAGCAUAGUUAAUAAUAUUAUUUAAGAGUGUUUUUUAAAGGUCUACCUUUACCUUGAUCCCACUUUUAUGUAUUUUCUUAUGGGACUUGCAUGUCACAUGGAUGAUGCACAUUUUAUGUUCAUGGCAGUUUAUCAUAGCUUUGGAUUAAUUAUGUUGGUGCAGCUAUUAUUUAGAACGAUAUGAACUUAAU